AUGAAAAUUAGCUGGCCAUCUCAGAAUCUUCGAAUAGACUCUAAUUUGCCCACUGAAUCACUUAUUGAAUAUUUGUGGACUGAUAAUUUCAUUCAGGUCAACGUCCCGAAAACUCGACGAACGUACUGCAAGGGGAAAGAUUGCAAAAAGCAUACUCAGCACAAAGUAACGCAAUACAAAGCUGGAAAGGCGUCACUCUUCGCCCAAGGAAAGCGUAGAUAUGAUCGCAAGCAGUCUGGUUAUGGAGGUCAAACUAAACCUGUCUUUCACAAAAAAGCCAAGACCACAAAAAAAGUUGUAUUAAGGUUAGAAUGCACGUCCUGUAAAACGAAGGCGCAGCUAGCACUUAAAAGAUGCAAACAUUUCGAGCUAGGAGGAGACAAGAAAACAAAGGGCGCGGCUCUCGUGUUUUAG